UGAAAUUCAAGCUGAAAAAUCUUUUUAUGAAGAGUGCUGUGAUUGAACUUCAACUGAAAAACAUCAGUGUGUUGAUGCAGGACAGACCAUUUGACAUGAGACGGUAAAUUAUAACAAGUGUUAACAUGGAAUGGACAAGCUAACCACAACCAAGAUUGUCAAAGUAGAGGCGGGAUCUGGAGGAUCUGGAAAAGAAAUCCAGAAGCAUACAGAAACUGUAACGACCACAAGACUGACAUCUCUACCCCCAAAGGGACACAGCAGCUCUGUGAGCAACCAACAGGUACUGACCUCCACAGUGAACAGCUCCGGCUCUGGAGGAGCUUCAGGAGGAGCUGUUCUGCUGGAGAAGAAGAUCAUCUCCCAGACAAGUGCUGAAGGGGGCGCUUCCAGAAGUUAUGUCAUAUCCUCCUCCUCAUCUGGAAGUUCAGCCAGUAGCAGUUCAGGAGCAGGAUCUGUGAUCGGUGGAUUUGACGGAAUAUCUCGUGAAAUCAGUGUAACCGGUCCAAUUAGUAGCUCUAUGGUUAAAAGCUCUAGUUCUGUGGUUAAAAGCUCUAGUGGUGUCUCUACCUCCAUCACAACAGUUGGCAGUUCCUCAGCAACAGGUGGAGACCUUUCUUCAGGAUUUGGGUCCGGCUCGUCCUCUGAGUUUGUGUCUGGUUCUUCAGGCGGUUCUGUUUCUGGAGGGAGUAUGAACAUCUCCAGAAGUGGAGGAGGUGGUUCUGGCUCCUCUGCAGUCAUGUCUGCCGGAGGAGCUUCCAGCUCCAUGACUGUCACCAAGUUCAGCUCCUCGUCCCCUAGUGGAACAAGGAAAGGUUUGAGUUACAGCACAGUCCCUACUGAGAGAAAGACCAGUCUGAACCCUUACACUGGAGGAUAUGAGGAGAGCUCCAGUGGCAAUUCCUCCCCUGAAUACAUAAAGAAAGAGUACGUUUCGAAAAGCGUUGCCACCAGAGGGCGCACUCAGACACGAGAGAGUGAGAUCAGAGCCAGAUUGCAGAGUGCUUCACCCUCCACUAGAUGGACAGAGCUGGAUGAUGUAAAGAGAUUAUUGAAGGGAAGUCGCUCCGGGAGCAUCAGUCCACCUCGUUCUCCCACCAGCACUCUGCCUAUCCCGAAAAAAGCCAGCGUGGACACGCGCCACGAGAGCCAGUCGGGUUAUGACGGCUCAGUCCUGGACGCUGGAUUCAGUGGAUAUUACACCAACCCAAACAAUCUCAGUUACACCACACUGCAACAACCAUCAUCACCCACAGGUGGCAUGCAGAAUAAUCUGAGCCUCAGCUCAUCUGGCCUUGUGUAUGGGAUGCAGAAUAACCUGUCAACAUCUGGCGGUGCUCUCAUGGCUAAUGGAAUGAGUGUUGGCCAUGUUCCAGUGUAUGGAGCACAGAAGAAUGUUGGCAGCACUGGAAUGGCCUCCAGUAUUACUGCUGUUCCCAGCAGCCCUAUCACCUCUGAUGAUGUUUUUGUGAAAGAUGGCAAGUUUAUUGCGAUUGGGAAAGAAAAUGUAGCAGCUAAGAAAGAGACUGAGAGACUGAUCAUGUCCAAAAACACUGGCAAACAGUUCGUCACAUCCACCACCAGUGCUGGAGCAGAUACAUUUUCAGAAGAUUCACUCAAGAGGGAGAAAAAGAUGAUCUCGAGCACUAUGGAAACCACCACUGCUUCCAAAGCCUCAACAAAAGACAAGGCAACCUAUGCAGAGAUCCGUAAAGAUGAGUCUGACGGCACAGGACUGGGAUUCUGUUCAUGCUGCUCGUGGUGGAAGUGGCUUCUGGCAUCGAUUAUUGGUCUUCUCCUUCUGCUGGGACUCCUCUGUGGUCUCAUCGCUCUGGGUGAGGAGGUCAGGAAGCUGAAGGCUCGAGUGGACGCUAUUGAUGGUGGAGAAAGCGCAGCCUCUGCUCGAACCAGUCGUUUAUCCUCCUCCUCGGUGGUCAACAUUGUGGAUCCACUGGAAUCUUCAUACGGCGAGCGCAUCUCUGGUGUCCGUGCCGAUAACACUAUAAACCUGGGUUCAGCACCCACUGCACAAGACCCUGUGGUCCUGCAGAGGACCAUCCAACAGAUCCUCAGAUCUGAACUGCAGUCGGACACCGUUAGAGCUUCACUGGCAACUUCACUUAGGGGUGAGAGAGGAGAACCUGGGCCUAAAGGAGACCAAGGACCUCCUGGAGUUAAAGGUGACGCAGGAUUUCCUGGAAUUCCAGGUCCUCCUGGUCUCAUUGGUCACCCUGGACAGGAAGGUCCUCGAGGACCCAAAGGAAGUUCAGGUGAAUCAGGAACUGAUGGCUUACCUGGGCCGAGGGGGCGGGAGGGGCCAGCGGGUCCAAGAGGAGAACCAGGACCUCCAGGAAUUGGAGAGAAAGGAGAGAAAGGCUCAUCUGGCGAUGUUGGUGCACCUGGGCUAGCAGGACCACCAGGCCCCAUGGGACCAAAAGGUGAUGCAGGUGCACAAGGCGUACCAGGGCUUACAGGAGCUCCUGGACCCCAAGGCUUCCGUGGAGAUUCUGGUGAUCCUGGACCCAAGGGUGAUAAAGGACCUGCUGGGCCACCUGGGGUCAAAGGUGAUCAAGGAGAGAGAGGGCCACGGGGUGCCACUGGUGAGCCAGGUCUGGUCGGACCAGCAGGGCCUCCUGGUGAGAAAGGUCUUAAAGGAUCCGCAGGUGCUCCUGGGCCAGAUGGUGUUAAAGGAAUUCGAGGGGAUCAAGGUCCGAUUGGGUUGCCUGGAGCUCGGGGACCAUCAGGGCCUCCUGGAGAUGCAGGAAUACCAGGUACACCAGGACUCCAAGGACCACCAGGUUUGCCAGGUACCUCAGGCCAGCCAGGGCCCAAAGGUGAGCCUGGUGAGCCCGGAAGAGUCAUUUCUGCAGGCGCCAAUACUAACACUGUGGGUAUACCUGGACCACCUGGACCUCCUGGAACUCCAGGUCCUGCUGGACCACCUGGACUGUCAGGUCCUAUUGGUCCUGCUGGUCUUCCUGGUCCACCUGGUUCAAAGGGAGAUAAAGGAGACAAAGGAGAUGAUGGGAAGCCUGGAGUCUCUGAGAGUGCAGGGAGUAAGUCUGAACCUGGUCCUCCUGGCCCACCUGGUCCACCGGGACCACCCGGACCGCCUGGUGACAGUGGUUCCACAGGUGUUGGUCAACCUGGUCCUCCUGGUCCUCCUGGUGAAAAGGGUGAACCAGGAAGCUUUGUACCCACUUCAGAAACCUUCUUUGCUGGACCGCCUGGGCCUCCUGGACCCAUUGGACCAAAGGGAUCACAGGGUGAGAUUGGCCCUCAAGGAUUCCCUGGCCAACCUGGAUUACCUGGAGAACCUGGAAUCGGUAUUCCAGGACAGCCAGGUGGUCCAGGACCACGUGGAGAACAAGGACCUGAGGGUCCACAAGGACCACAGGGACAUCAAGGACCAAUGGGUCCCAUGGGGCCAGAAGGUCCAAAAGGUGAUGCUGGAGUCCCAGGGGCCCCUGGCAUUCCAGGUUAUUCCUACGGUGGAGGAUCCAGAAGCGCUCCAGGACCACCAGGUCCACCUGGACCCCCAGGGCCUCCUGGAGCACCUGGUUCCCCGAGUGGUGGCUCACCAGAUGUUGUUCAACAGAUUUCAGACUACCUCAGAAGUGAACCCAUCAGAGAAUACCUGGCUGGACCUCCAGGCCCACCUGGACCACCCGGACCUCCUGGAUCAGCCUCCGAGGAUGCACUGACUAACCGUGUCCUAGAUUACCUCCAAAGAGAUGAGGUGAGACAGUACCUGAUUGGUCCUCCAGGGCCCCCAGGACCCCCAGGUGUGCCAGGUGGUUAUGGCUUUAACACUCAGGAAGUUGCUGGACGAGUGCUGAGCCUGAUGAAUGAUGCUGGUUUCAGAGGUCUGCCAGGACCCCCGGGUCCCCCAGGACCUCAAGGACCACCAGGAAGCGCUGGAGGAAUAGUGUCUUAUGCAGUGAAUGAAAACCAACAGCAAAUCCGUGCAGAGCCUCAGGAGUACAUCAAGAGUCACCCAAGCCCUGGCGAGAAUUUGGAUUACCCAGCCAUCGCUAAACAGGUUGCAGAGUACAUUAUAUCUAAUGGCCUGUUACGGGACAAAGGUGUUUUGAUAGAAUCAGCAGGACCACCAGGAUUACCCGGACAUCCAGGACGACCUGGACCAAUUGGUUUACCAGGGCUUCCAGGACAAGAUGGUAGGCCAGGGUUUCCAGGACCACCUGGACCUCCAGGAAUCAUUCUAGAACCCAACAACAUGACUGAGAUCAUGGACUAUAUCAGAGAACACCAUAUGAUCGGACCACCAGGGCAGAAAGGGGAUCUGGGACCCAGAGGUGACCCUGGUUUUCCUGGUCCACCUGGCCACAUAGGUGCCAGAGGUUUUCCUGGUAACCCUGGCCUCCCGGGCUACCAAGGAGCGAAAGGACAGAAAGGAGAGAAGGGGGAGGCUUCAUAUGUCACUCGGAGGAGGAGGAGGAGCACAAGAAUUUAGACAGACAGCAGUGUGUUUGCCUUUAGAAGCUAAUGCUUUAAAAUGACAUGUACAUAUUUUAAUUUAGUCUUUUCUAUUUUUUUUUUUGUCAAUGAUUUGUUACCAAAAUAUAAAUAUAUUCACACUCAAUUAACAAGCAUUACAGACUAAAUUCAAAUGUACUACUACAGUUUUUAAAGAAAAACAAAAAAUGUGAGUGCAUGACUGCAAAAUGGGAUUUAAUGUAAUCUGGGGAUAUUGAUGUUUAAAAUUAGCUUCUUUUUUGUCAUUUGAUGUGCUAAAAAUGCUUUUAUUAUUACAGACUUUCAAUAGCAUCAGAAGUGGCUUGACUUUUAAACUGAGAAAUAAAGACUGAUUUUUUUUCUAAGCUGAGACUUCUGAAGAUCUCAUAUCAAAGCAAGUCAUUUCACUCGGCGGCCAUCUUUGAAACUUCAAAUUCUCCAAAGCUGUUCACCAAGCUUACUAUUAAAUUUCAUAUUUGAAAUCACCAAGGAAAUCUGACAACUGUCUCAUAAAUUUAGUUUCUAAACUCCAAUCAAAAACUCCAUUCAUUUUGUCCAAAGGAAAAUUGAUUUUGAACGGUAACUUAUAAACCUUUAAAGACAGACCUACUGUGAACUACGAGAUUGUUAAUCAGUGGUAUUUUUUCUGCUGAAGCCGUCAGCCCACAUUAUUUCAUCUUAUUUUUAAAAUAAUCAUGUUUAACAGUGGAAUUCCUGGUGAAAAACUACAUUACCCAUGAUGCUGUACAAUCACACCAAUCAGAGUUGAAAAAAGCAACUUGCAGCCAAAAUAGCUC